AUGACGACAAACACCUCUCCUCACAUACCCUACAUAAAACAAUGCCUCGCCCUGGCGGAACAAUCUCCCCCGAGACCCACCAACUUCCGAGUCGGCGCAGUUCUGCUAUCCCGAAAAGACAACGAUCCCACCUUCACAGACGACCGGAUCCUCUCGACAGGGUACACAAUGGAGCUAGCAGGUAACACACACGCAGAGCAAUGCUGCUUCGCCAACUACGCCGCAGUGCACAAGAUACCCGAUUCUCAAGUGGGGGAAGUCCUCCCCAUUGAGCCCGGCCGCAAGCUCAUCAUGUACGUGACAAUGGAACCGUGCGGGAAGCGGCUGUCUGGGAAUGCGCCGUGUGUGCAGCGCAUCACGCAGACGACAGAAGGUGGGCGAGAGGGGAUCCAUAAGGUUUAUUUUGGCGUUAAGGAGCCUAACAAAUUCGUCGGCGAGUCUGAGGGGUGUCGGAUGUUAACUCAGGCGGGCAUUGAGUGGGAGCAUGUCGGUGGGUUGGAGAAGGAGAUCUUGACAGUUGCUUUUACGGGGCAUGAGAAUGCGCAGGAGGAGGUUAGAGCUGCAUUGGGGGAGAAAGAGACUAUCAUUGAUGAUGUCAGUGCUGAGGAGAGAAAGAGGCAGGAGACGAUGCCGAGGAAUCCGAUGAAGAGGAUGAUGGAGGGGGAUCAGCAUAUCUAUCUAUAG